UUGAGUCAAACGUUUCAGUUUUCAAGGCUCCGCGAAGGCAUCAUCAACUCUCUUGGUCGCAGUUUCAUAACAAACAAUGGCUGCCCCGUUGGUCAGGGUUUUCUCAAAGUCCCUCAGACAGUUCUCUCGGCCAUCAUGGGGAGCAUGUCAGUCCGGAUUAAGGAGCAGGACAACCUCUGCCCAGGCGGUGGCUUCGAACCAGGCAGGUGGAGAUGCGUCCUUCCCUCCUCUUCAGACAUACUCAGAGGAGGAGAGCAUGAUGAGGGACGCAGUGAGGAAAUAUGCACAGGAGCGCAUCGCCCCGUUUGUGGCGACGAUGGAUGAAAACUCUGCCAUGGAUGAAGAAGUCAUUAAAUCCCUAUUUGAGCAGGGGCUGAUGGGGGUGGAAAUUGACCCAGAGUAUGGUGGCACUGGCUCUACGUUCUUUUCCUCCAUCCUGGUGAUUGAAGAGCUGGCGAAGGUGGAUCCCUCUGUGGCUGUGCUCUGUGACAUCCAAAAUACUCUCAUUAACACCCUGUUUGUGAAACUCGGAACUCCAGCUCAGAAAGAGAAGUACCUCAGCCGGUUGUCAACUGAUAUGGUCGGGAGCUUUUGCCUCUCUGAAGCCGAAUCGGGGAGCGACGCUUUUGCGCUGAAGACCCGAGCUGAAAAACACAAAGACUAUUACAUAAUCAAUGGGUCCAAGAUGUGGAUCAGUAACGCAGAGCAUGCUGGGGUUUUCCUGGUGAUGGCCAAUGUGGAUCCUUCUGCAGGAUACAGAGGGAUCACCUGCUUCAUCGUAGACCGGGACACUGAGGGGCUCGAGAUUUGCAAGAAAGAGAACAAGCUGGGUUUGCGAGCUUCCUCCACAUGCCCUCUUAACUUUGACAAUGUCAAGGUUCCAGAGAAGAAUAUUUUAGGAGAGGUUGGUCAUGGAUACAAGUAUGCUAUUGGAAUGUUGAACGAAGGCAGGAUUGGAAUUGCAGCGCAGAUGGUUGGAUUGUCUCAGGGUUGCUUUGACCACACUAUUCCUUACACCAGACAGAGAGUGCAGUUCGGAAAGCGGAUCUUUGACUUUCAGGGCAUGCAGCAUCAGAUAGCCCAUGUAGCGACGCAGAUCGAAGCGGCGCGUCUGCUGACGUACAACGCCGCCCGUCUGAAGGAAGCCGGCAGACCCUUUAUUAAAGAGGCCUGCAUGGCCAAAUACUUCUCUGCAGAGGUUGCUACUCUAACUACUUCAAAGUGCAUCGAAUGGAUGGGUGGAGUCGGCUUUACCAAGGACUACCCCAUAGAGAAAUACUACAGAGAUUGUAAAAUCGGAACUAUUUAUGAAGGUACAACAAAUGUCCAGCUCUCCACCAUGGCCAAGUUCAUUGAUAAGGAGUACGAUCACUGAAACCAUCCAGCCAGAACCUGAACGAUCCUGUUUCUGCUGUUACACUCCAUGCUCUCACCAUUUCUGUGACUUCAGUAAAUUCAAUCCUGCAGGAUAGUUUAGUUCCAAUCACCGAUGUUACUGAUUUAGUGAAUUCUGUAUCAUUAAGUUUUGAGUUUACAGCUGAAUGGUUCUUUUUGCCUUUUAUUUUACUUAUUUUCUGUAGUUUGUCCCUCAUGUUUUGCAUUUAUUUAACCGUUUUGUAAGCAUAACACCCCCAUUGGUUUUGAUGUGAGGUUAAACGUUUGAAAUGAAUUGAGAUUUUCUUCGUGUCAGUGCCUUCAGAGGAUUUCCUCUUUUAAUGUUUGAUUUUGAUAGAUCAUGCAAUUGUUUUUCCCUUCACUGCAGCAUACUGUCGUGUCGACUGAUACUUCAUCAUACUAGUAUUCUCAAUAAAGAAGUUGUCAUAAAAUCUGUAUUAAAUGUGAGUUUAGCCACAGUG